AUGGCCCACCUCCACCAGCGUCACCUCCACCAUCGUCACCUCUCCACCGACUCGGCCGCCAUAUUCUCCCCAACAGUCGCCCGCCAGGCCGCCUCCGCCGCCCGCGACUGGUCCUACGUCGACACCUGGCUCGAGUCCAAGUUCCACAACCGCCCCGUCCCCGAGUUCGAGCGCAACCCCGACACCCUCCGCGCCCUCCUCGCUCUCGCCUCCCUCAACGAGACCGCGGACGAGGAGCGCCAGUCCGUCGCCCGCGCCGACGCCGACGCCCUCCGCGAGCUACGGAAGCACGACGAGCCCGCCCGCAACCCCGGCAUCCGCGAGGAGCUCCUCGCCGCCAUCGAGGACGACCUGCCCAGGGAGAGCAGGAUCGCCCUCGAUGGCAUGGCAGCCAUGGCAGUCGAGGCCGGCAUCGCCCACGCCGAGCCGGAGGACCUCGGCGCCCGCAUCGUCGGCCUGCAAAAGUCCGUACAUGACGCCGAGCAGAUGAAGGCCCGCGUGGAGGUCCUGGGGCGCCACAUUGCCCAUGACGCCCAGCGCAUGUCCGAGUUCCUGGCCGCCCUCCAAGGCGACGACUAUAAGCUGCCCGAAGACCAGGCAAAGCAGAACCUCGAUCUACAGCGCAAGGUCAAGGCUCUUUCCGCCCAAAUACCUGAGCUGCAGGAGCGUGCGGCUUCGUUGGCUUCCUCCGUUAGCUCGUCCCACCCUACGAUCGACGAUGUGGUCCGGGAGGAGAAGGAGUAUCUCUCCAUCUUGUCUUGCAAAAAGCAGCUCGAUUCACGGAUGGCCUCCUUCGAGGGUUUACCCAGCAAUACAGACAUGGCUCGCUCGGAGCUCGAUGCCCUGCGUAAACAGCUACGGGGGGUUACUUCUCGUCGUGACGCUGUCUUCGAAGGACUUGUUGAACGCGAGAGUCCUGUGAAGAGACGUUAA